AAUAAGCUGUCAGCAGCAGAGAGGCAAUGCGGAGAAGCAGGUAGAGGUUUAUGGGUGAACCAGUGUGUGAUAUUUUCUUUCUCUAAUUGUGUCAAAUGGGAAACUUUUUCCUAUUCAUAAUGUCGGAGUGAAAAAUUUUCGUUCAAGCCUAGAGUGCAGUAGAAAAGGGUAGAAACAAAGAUUUCAGGAUUGUAGUAAUCGCGAAACCACUUUCUUCGCUGCUAGUUGGGUUGAAAAUACACUGGAAAAGGCUUGUUCAAGGGUACGGAAAUUCGAGUGCAGUGGCAGCGGAGUAAAUAUGGGUGCACUAGCCAGCAGACAGAAUGCAGCCGUGGAAGAGGCUGAAAUGAGUGCGAACCAUCAGUACAAGUAUCCUCCUCGGUCAGGUAACUAUUUCGGUACACACUUCAUAAUGGGUGGCGAACGGUUUGACACUCCUCAGCCAGAAGCUUAUCUGUUCGGUGAGAAUGCAGAUCUAAACUUCCUCGGUUGCAAACCAACUCCGUUUCCUUAUCCACCACCGCAAGCAACAGAGCCAACCAAAACGUUGAAAAGUCUUAUCAACAUACGCAAGGAAUCGGUGCGGUUUGUGAAGGCAUCCGAUUGCGCUGCGAAAAUCCACGGAGACGGUACUAAAACUAGUGCGUACAAUAUUGAAUUUGUGUUUGAUGCGGACGCGAGAUGCGCUAUUACGGUUUACUAUUUUUGCAUCGAAGAUAUCGGAAGCGCUGGCGUGAACUAUAUUCCACGUGAUUCGUCACUGUCGUCGGAAACAUUCCACUUCAAGCGGGGAGUGAACCAGGUUUUUACAGCCCCGUCACAUGUCUUCAAUCCUGCUUUAUUUUCCGAGGAUGAUCUUUCGUACAACUCCGAGAAGGACACAUUCCCGGUUGUCAUACACUGUGCCGUGGAAGAAGGCAACGAAGAUUGCCGUCAAAGCCACACGACUAUCUGUGUUGUAGAUCAUCACACGGACGGAACCUAUGCUUUGCGAGCCCUGAAACAGAAGAUUUUUGUCGAUGGCCUUUGUUACUUACUGCAGGAGAUUUACGGAAUCGAGAAUAAGCUUGUUAAUAAAUCUAUCGGUGAUGAAGAUACCGACGACAACGGGAGUGAGUGUGUAAUCUGUAUGUGUGACACUAGAGACACCCUGAUUCUUCCGUGUAGGCAUUUGUGUUUGUGCAAUUCGUGUGCUGAUUCGCUGCGAUAUCAGGCAAAUAAUUGUCCCAUUUGCCGUGCGCCAUUCCGUGCACUGCUGCAGAUUCGUGCUGUCCAGAAAAGCGCCACGCUAUCGAAUGUGGUCACCGCUCAAAGUCCUCAGGAUAGUACGGAUAACAUUCCAUCUGGUUAUAUCCCAGUGUCCUUGAUAGAAGCGCUUAAUGGACCAAUCAGUUGUUCUAAAUCGCAGAUAACUACCGAAAAUGGAAACAACACGACCGAUGGUAACACCGAAAGUACCCCAACUAAUCAGACAUUGGGAAAACCGGACUCGGAAAAAGCCACAGCAAAAGAAGCCGAUACCACUGGAUCGCGUGAAAAACUAAAUCAAAACGCCGUGGACUUCCGUAUGUCACUUCUGCUGUCCAAAGAGGACGGAUCGGUUGCCUGCGUUACGAAGGAACUGCUAACUAAGCACUCGCCGCUGAUGCAGCGCGCUCCGGUCAGCAAAGAUAAAAAUCCCCGCGAGAAGGGAAGCCUACGGAACACUACAAGCCAGCUAACCGUCAAAGAUAACCCCACGCUGGACCGGGAGACGGUUCUGCUUGUCAAUGAAAAAUCUCAACUGCCCAAUGUAAUCGAGAUGGACGAUGAUAGCGAGGCGGAAAAAUUAUCCCCACUGCUGCAGAAGGAGGUCGAGAACGAUUGUGUCGAGCAGAACUGUGAUACAUACGAGAAAAUGCCAAGCAUCUUACGGAUGGAGGAAGUAGAAAAUUCUCGAAACCAAAAGUCGUUCGUAACCCUAGCUUCCGCCGAGGACUCGGACUACUACACCCCCGAGGAUCCUCACACCACAAUUCUUAGCCCUUUGAAGGAUGAAGAGAAAGUUGACGGAUCGAAGAAACUUUCCACGCCACUUACCGUACUGAAGGAAGCCUCGCAAGGCUCUCUUCCCGAUAGUCCCAUCAGUGGUAACUCACACACGUCAACACGUAGCUCCGGUGAUAGCUAUUCCUCCAGUUCCAGUACCAGACAGCUGCUCUCAUCCGUAACAGCCAAUGAUACACCUACCCACGUAACGGUUAAAGUUGACGCGACCGCUGAAGGGCUAGUAAAACAUGAAAUCAAGAUUGGCAAUAACACAAAGAUCGACUGCAUUGACAGCGAUUAGGUAAACCUUUUUGGUGGACGAUUUAAUUAAACAAAUUAACAAAAAAAAAAUACAAUGCAUUUCCACUGCAAGUGAAUAAUUAGAGCAUGAAUAGCCCAUAAAACAGCAAAAACAAAAGUGUUGAAUCCAUUUCGGACAUCUGAGAAGUACACUCAACAUCCAACACAGGAGCAGAUUUAUGUUUGAAUUUUAACAUUAUGUUUUUAUUAUUCAAAUAUCACUGAAACAUUUAUCAAAUAAAUUCGUUUUAAUCAAAGUAUA